AGGGCAGUCUAGGUGGCGAGUGCCAACUCCUGCCCCUCAAGUGCCCGAGGGGCGACAGGGGUUAGGGAGGUAGGGGACCCGGGAGGAAGGCCGCGUUCCUUUGAAAAGUCGUUUCCAAGGGCGGAAUCCUCUCUUCUUAGCAGCCGGGCUGGGGCGGAGGAAGCGUCACCCCACCCAGGCCCCAGCUCCGGGUUUCAGGCCCGGGGCCGACACUGCAGAUCCUGGCUUGCACGGGAGCGCGGCCUCAGAGGCUUGGGCGGUAGGGUGUCUCGGGGUCAGGGGACCAGCUGUUGUGGCUUUGUCCAGGGCUGCAAGAACGCUGACGUGGAGCAGCCCACUCCGGAACCCUCAUGGAGAAGUUUGGGAUGAAUUUCGGGGGCGGCCCAAGCAAGAAAGAUCUCUUAGAGACCAUAGAGACACAGAAAAAGCAGCUUCUCCAGUACCAGGCAAGGCUCAAGGAUGUGGUUCGCGCCUAUAAAAGCCUGCUGAAGGAGAAAGAAGCCCUGGAGGCCAGCAUCAAAGUACUGUCGGUAUCCCACGAGGCAGAUGCAGGCCUCUCAGGUGUGCAGCCUCCGGGUCUCACGUUUCCUGAUUCUGUGGAUGACCGGUGCUCCACUCACAGUGAGGAUAGCACCGGAACUGCCACGAGCUUGGAUACCGCAGCCAGUCUUACAAGUGUCAAGGGUGAAUUUGGGGUUGAAGAUGACAGAGUGGCCCGUGGACCACUUCCUCCAAAGUCUGAAGAGGCCAGUGGGUCAGAGAGUGGCGUUAGCAGUAGCAGUGGGGAUGGGCCAUCUGCGGGUAGUGAGAUAGACAAAAGAGUGCAUCAGCUGAAGACUCAAUUGGCCACUUUGACUAGCUCCUUGGCUACAGUCACUCAGGAAAAGUCCCGAAUGGAAGCGUCUUACCUGGCGGAUAAGAAGAAGAUGAAGCAGGACUUAGAAGAUGCCAAUAAAAAGGCAGAGGAAGAGCGGGGCCGCCUGGAGGGAGACUUGAAGGGGCUGCAAGAGCAGAUAGCAGAAACCAAAGCCCGACUUAUUACACAGCAGCACGAUCGCGCCCAGGAGCAGAGUGACCAUGCCUUGAUGCUGCGGGAGCUACAGAAGCUUUUGCAGGAGGAGAGGACCCAACGCCAGGACCUGGAACUUCGGCUGGAAGAGACCAGAGAAGCCUUAGCAGGGCGGGCGUAUGCAGCUGAUCAGCUAGAAGGGUUUGAACUGCAGACCAAGCAGCUGACCCGUGAGGUAGAGGAGCUGAAAGGUGAGCUGCAAGCCAUUCGAGAGGAGAAGAACCGACCAGAUCCCCGGCUGCAGGAGCUUCAGCAGGAGGCUGCCCGUCUUAAAAGCCAUUUCCAGGCCCAAUUGCAGCAAGAAAUGAGGAAGACAGCCCUUGCAGAGGACCAGCUUCGCCAGCAGUCUCAGGUAGAGGAGCAAAGGGUAGCAGCCCUGGAGAACCAGAUCUCUGAGGUGUCUGAACUGCUGGGCACCUAUGAGAAAGCCAAGCAGAAAGACCAGCUGGCCAUCCAGAAGUUGAAGGAUCGAAUUUUACAGUUAGACUUGGAGAACAAGACACUGGCCCUUGCAGCCUCCAGCCGGUCUUCUCUUGACAUCCAUGGAGACGAAUCCAGUCUGGAUAUCAAUGUCUUGAAGGACAAGAUGGAGAAGCUCAAGAGGCUCCUGCAGGUUGCAGCUAGGAAAAGCCAGGUGACCCUGGAUGUAGAGAAGCUCUGUGACCCUGAUAUAAUGGCCAACUCUGAGGCUGCGGAUGGGGAGAAGGCUACUGCGCUUUACUACCAACAGGAGCUGAAGCAGCUGAAGGAAGAGUUUGAGCGGUACAAGAUGAGAGCCCAGGUGGUGCUCAAAAGCAAGAACACCAAAGAUGGGAACCUGGGGAAGGAGCUCGAGGCCGCACAAGAGCAGCUUGCGGAGUUGAAGGACAAGUAUAUCUCCCUGCGGCUGUCCUGUGAGGAGCUUGAAAGCCAGCACCAGCAGGAGGCUGAGGACUGGAAGCAGGAGCUGGCCCGGCUGCAGCAGCUCCAUCAGCAGGAACUGGAGCGCAGCCAGCUGGACUUCAGGGACCGUACGCUGAAACUGGAGGAGGAGCUACAUAAGCAGCAGGACCGGGCCCUGGCCGUACUCGCAGAGAAGGACUUGGAGUUGGAGCAGCUUCGUUCUGUGGCCUUAUCCUCGGGGUUGCCAGGACGCAGAAGCCCUGUGGGAGGAGUGGGUGGUGGAGGUCUUGGGGACCCGGCCGACCCAGCUUCCUCGGAUAGCUUGACCCAAGCCUUGCAGCUCGCUGCAGCCAACGAGCCCACCUUCUUCCUUUAUGCUGAGCAGUUGGCCCGAAAGGAGGUGGAGAUCACAUCUCUGAGGAAGCAGAAACACAGGCUGGAGGUAGAGGCCCAUCAGCUGCAGGAGAGGCUGCUGGAGGAGGGCGAGCGGCAUCGAGAGGAGGUUGGAGCCCUUCAGAGCCACAUCGAAAAGAACAUCAGGGACCAGAGCAGGGAGGGAGCCAACCUGGAGUAUCUCAAAAACAUCAUCUACCGCUUCCUGACCUUGCCAGACAGCCUGGGCCGCCAGCAGACCCUCACGGCCAUCCUCACCAUCUUGCACUUCAGUCCUGAGGAGAAACAAGUACUAAUGAGGCUCCCAAGUGGUGGGAGCUGGUGGCCUUCUGGCAAGAGAUGAUAAUUUUUUACCAACUCCCGAAAUCUCCGUGCCUCUUUUAUGUGGGAAGGGCAGGCUCGGAUUUCUACGGCCUCUUCUCUUGCAUUCUUAUUUAUUUCUUCACUGUGUUGAACUCAGAGCCGUUCAAAGUAGAAUGGGAUUAUCUGUCAAGUGCCAUUAAUGCAACUUUAUCCUUGGGCUCUUGGGAAACUGCCAAUGUCGAGACAGCAUCUUGUAGCGGUCUGUGUGUGGAGCAGGUUAGGGAGAAAGGCUGGGUGGGGGUAGGAGAUGCAAGUUAAGGAAGUGGUGAGAGUCUUUAUAAACGAGAUGUUUUCUUAUGCUCCUAGCUCAGAGCUAGGAGUAAAUGUGACUCCCAGGGGAGUUCAUCUGACUUUGGAACAUACACAGUAGCUAUGUGUGUAUUCCUUCUCAGUCAGAAUCUGGUCCACUUUUGUCCUAAUUCUCUGGGGACAUUAAAGUCAAGCUGGAAAGAGACCGGGGAGUUAGAAACAGUAAUGGUUUGUCCAAAGGGCUGUGGAAUCCUGAGUUUAUCCCAGAACUUGGAGCUUUGUUUCCAGGAACCAGCUUACCACUUUGUGCCCUCCCAGGGAGGGUCCCAAGCAGCAGUGUGAUCUUAGCGACUUCCAAAUUGGUCCUAUAUGGGCCAGGGCAGGAUUAAAAAUAAACCUCUCCUGCUUAAGGUUGGCCUGAGAGUGUGAGUGAAUGACUUUAUGGUCUUUCCCUCAACAUUGAGCUUGUGUAAGAAAUGAAAUCUUAGCUUCUUUCGGGGCAUUUGGACAGUAAGCCGGGGCCUGCAUGGGUACAAGGAAUUUCUGCCAAGAUUUAUUCCCAGCUGUGUUUGCUUUUGCAAGAACAGGAAAAAGGAGGUAAUUUGCUGCGGAUUCCAAAACACUGUUAGGACCCUCACAGGAAAAGCAAAGUUCAGCUGAAAUACUUUAUGCCCUGUGAUCCUGGCAAAGGUCAAUUCUAUUCUUUUUUCCUUUGGCUAAUUCUAUUCUUUAAGGAAAGUAGCUCUCAGAAAACUUGGGUCAAAGCUCUAUCAUUGCCCAACUCUUUUCUUCGAUUAGUCUGCUCUUCCUGGUUAUAAAGACCUUUGGACCUGAAAGACCAAUGUUUGGCCAUUUAAUAUAUAUCUUUUUGCUAUUUUUAUUAUUGAGAUCUGUUUUGUGAGGGUUUGGGAUGCAGAAGACUUUGAUUAAUGAUGUUUUCAAUGGGAGGAGGUGACCUGAUUAUCUGUGUGAGCAGACUUCAAUGGAACAGAAGUGAUGUCCUUAUGGUAAUAACAAUGGUCAUUAAACCCGAGUGACUUGA